CGGGCGCGGCGGGCGAUGGCGCGGGCGGCGGGCGCGCGGCGGGCGGCGCGGCGCGGGCGCUGGCGGGGCGCGCUGCUGGCCGUCGCCGCGUGGACGGCCGGCUGGGUGCUGGCGGCCGCGCUGCUGCUCCGCGCGCGCCCGGCCGUCCUCCCGGAGCGCUGCACCGACGAGAAGAGCCGGCGCAUCCUGGCCGCGCUGUGCCGGGACUACCGCGGCGGCUGGCUCACGGGCGCCCUUUGCGAGGACCUGUGCGUGGCCGGGGAGCUGCUGUACCAGCGCUGCCUGUAUUACGAGCAUGGCAAGAAGGUGCUGCAGGCCCAGUGGCGAGGCCGGACUGUGGUCCUUAAAUCCAAGAAGGAGGCCUUCACCAGCUUCCCAGCCCUCAGUCUGCCGGAGGAGGAGGCAGGGCCGGGUGACCCGGGUAUCCCUGAGGCUGAGCUGCUCCUGAUGGUGGCUGGGGAGGUCAAGAGCACGCUGGGCCUGGAGCUGCCCAACAACAGCAUAGCCCCGCUGUGGCCUGCCAGGCAGGGCCCCCGCUGGCGGCAGCAGCUGGCCAGCGCGUGGUCGCUGCUCCAGCAGGAGGAGUACUUGUACUUCAGCCUACUGCCGGACCUGAGCCGCCACAUCCUGCCCGUGCUGGGAUCCUGUGGCCACUUCUACGCUGUGGAGCACUUGGCAGCCGGUAGCCCUCACCACAGGGCACUCUUCCCACUGGCUGACGCUGGCCAGGCACAGGCUAUCAGCCACAUAGCCCUCAGCUUCUUGGACAUGGUGAGCCAUUUUGACAGCGACUUUGCCCACCGCCUCCACCUCUGUGAUAUCAAGCCCGAGAACUUUGCCAUCAGGGGGGACUUCACGGUGGUAGCCAUCGACGUAGACAUGGCCUUUUUUGAGCCUAAAAUGCGGGAAAUCCUUGAGCAAAACUGCACAGGGGACGAAGACUGCAAUUUCUUUGACUGUUUCUCCAAGUGUGACUUGCGGGUGAACAAGUGCGGAGCCCAGCGUGUCAACAGCAACCUGCAGGUCAUCUGUGAGAAGAUAUUCCGGCACUGGUUCUCCCCCGGGAGCCCCGCAGUGUCCCCCCAGCUCCGGCUGCAGCUGCAGCAGGCCACCGAGGAGUGUGCGCGCCCCGGGGCCAGCUCCGGGGGGGCCCGGCCGUCGCCCCGAGUGCUCCCCAGGCUGCGGUGGCUGCUGCAGGCCACCCUCAGGGAGCUGCAGGAGGCGGCUGAGUAGCCAUGGUCCUCGAGGGGACACAGUGACCUUCAGGCCAGUUCUUCUGCCCGAGGAGGAGCGUCCGCUUCCGGCGUGGGAAGCAGCGUGCACUUGGCCUCCCACCUGUGGCUGUGAUGGGCCCUGCCCUGCUCCCCUCCCGCCGUGUUUGUGCUGACUGCUGUCCUGUUGCUCUUCACUUGACUUGUGGACGUGCCAGGGUGGAGUCCCCCCCCCCCCCCCAGGAGCACACACACACACCUUGUCAGCAGAGACGAGGGCCUCUGCGCUUCCCGAGAGCCAUUAGCGAGCGGAAGGAUGAGUGUGGGUGCACAGAGGAGCAUGCUCUCAGAUCAGUGUGCGCGGGUGUAUGCCCAUAGGUGUGUGAGCGCAUUUGUGAAUACGGAUGUGUAUUGUAUAUACAUGAGUAUGGUGUGUUUGUAAAUGCGCGUGGGCUUGUGUGUGUACAUGGUGGGAUUGCACAGAUUCUCAGAAUCAGGGUGUUCCUGAAUGCGCGCGCAUGUGUGUGUGUGUGUGUCUGUGUGUGUGCGCGCGCGCGCACGCACACACACGCAUGAGCCCGUCAUCGCGCCUGUGAGUCUGUGAGCAUACCCAGGGUGCACUCAUGUGAAUGCCGAGGUUGCGUGUGCCUGUCCAGGUGGAGGCUGUGUGGCGCGGUGGCUGUCCGGUGUGCCCCUGGAAGCUUGCGUGGCCGGCGGAAGUGUGGCUUUCCUCCGGGAGUGUGGAGCAGCAGCCUUUAGUGCUUUGCAUGUUGCGGGAUUUCAUGGACGCCUUCCCGAGCUGUUCCUUCUGCGUGGCACCGCGUGUCUGCAGGCUGCAGCGUGUCACCCACAGGGACGGUGCAAGCGAGAGUUGGUGGGCUCUGACUUCGGACCUACGGGGAGCAGCUCGCUACGGGGGAGCGGCUCGAGUGUGCUGCACUGUGGCACGGUGGGCACAGGCUACCCGGGCGCCAUGGGCGCCCUGUGGUCUCCUGGCGAAGGUGCCCGCGGGCAGGCUUGCACAGGGCUAGGCAGGCUCUGCACGGCUCCGGCGGAGGAGGCUGGGACCAGCAGGCCGGACCCUUGGCCACCUUCCUUCCGCCAGCGCUCAGUGCGCCCACACUGCGCCAGUCAGGGCACUCAAGGACGAUGUGCUGCCUGGAGGGUGUGGGAGGUGUGCCAGCGGCUUACAGGGAGGGAAAGACAAAGGUUGAGGUCUGAGGAGUGUACGGAACGAUGGCGCCUCACCUCUCUCUUCACGUGCCACGUUCCCCGCCCACAGCACCCACCCUCUGACCCCCGGCUGUGCUCCUGGGAGCUUCGGGCAGUGGCACGAGAGGACAGACGACAGUCGGAGGGCACACCAGCCCUGACACUCACACCUCAAGGCUUUUUGGAGGUGCAGGUCUCCUGCCUUUCCCACCCCCUCAUCCCAGCCCCAGCAGUUUGCCAGGCAAAGCGGUCUUUCUUAAAGGCUGCCCUCUGGGCUGCUCCCAAAGGCCUGCUUUCCGGUCUGCUCCUCGACGGGAGCCUGUGUGGGUCACCCGGCAGAAGUCAGCCAAUCGCCAAGCAGGUGCCCAGGUCUGGGCUGGCAGGGCGUCACAGCUGGUAAUGCCCCGUGGCCUGCAGAGCGGGGCUCCCGCUUUCCAGGCUGAGGCAGCUGCCCCUCCUGGGCCUGUUCCACAGUAGUGGAAAAGUCACAGGAGGAAGAUGGUGUGAGACAGCCUGGACGGCGGACAGGCGCUCCGCGCUUCCCCUGGGGGCCUUGAUGCUUGUGACCACUGCUCGGCCUCUGGCCUGGGAGUCAGGUGGCAGGCCUUUGCAGUGGCCCCAGACGGCUGCAGCCGCUAGUAGUUCUCAUUUAACCCCAAACGGAAA